UUGACUCAGUUUUGUUUCAGCAGUGUACGAGUGUGGUUCUGUAAAAGCUACAUUAUGCAAGGGCAGCGGGUGUUUUAUUUGAUUCUAUUAUGGUUCAUCGUUGGUACAAAUGGAUAUGAAGAUCAGUAUUAUUGCGAUCCUGAUUACUCCUUACAAACCUCAUUUGCCAAUGUAAUCGUCAAUGGAUCAACAGUGCCCAAUUUUUCAUGUAAUUACCAUUAUAACGUUCAAUAUGUGCAGUUUGAGAUGUCAUCAUUGGAAGAGGUGCCCAAACAGUUAUUCGACACUUUUCCUAAUUUGGUGUUGGUAAACUUUACCAGCAGUGGAAUCAAAUUCAUCAAUCGAUAUAGUCUGGACAGGGCAAUCUAUCUUCAAGAGCUGGAUUUGUCUAGCAACACAGUGGAGCAGCUAUAUCCGAAUUGUUUUUCGGGAGCGACUGCCCUUCUUGAGCUUAAUCUUUCGUUCAACAAAAUCAGCUCAAUUGAUAGAAUGGUGUUCAAUACACUGUCAAAUCUGGAAUUGCUUCGGUUGACUGGAAACAAGCUUCGAUCAUUAGAUAACAAAGUAUUUGAACCACUUAAAUCAUUACAUACGAUUUAUCUCAACUCCAACGAGCUGAAGGUCAUUGAGGCAGGUCUCUUUGUCGAAAAUUCUAAAUUGAAAAAUGUGCUUUUGCAAAACAACCACAUCAGUAUGGUAGAAGAGGGAGCUUUAGAAAUCUUCAUAUCUACAGAGUCGAUAGUUUCAUUAAGCAAUAAUAAGCUAACGAAAUUGAAUCUGGAAAAGAUAAAAGUUACUCACUUAUAUCUCACCAACAAUACGCUGGAGACUCUUCAUCUAUCGCCGUGGAUUGGAACGGUUUACGCGGAAACCAAUAUAAUAUCGAAUGUUACAGUGAGUGAUGUGACAAACAUGCAACUAAAAACGUUAAGGUUGGCAAAUAACUCGAUCACAUCUCUAGAAUCGAUACAGCAAUUCCAUUCGCUCGUCGACCUGGAUCUGUCCAAUAAUCACAUCGGACCGUUGAACAUCACUAGCCUUGCAAAACUAGCCAACCUUCAGCAAUUGGGACUAGAACGGACGUUCAUUUCCAACCUCCAGCACGGAACCUUUGCACAGCAACAAUCUCUCAAAUGGUUGGAUAUAUCCUACAACAACCUCGAUCGGUUUGACUUUGACAUUCUUACGUCAUCUGCAGCGCUUCAGCAGAUCUUUCUGGACGGUAAUCGGCUAAAGUCGCUGAACUAUGAGCAUCUAAAGAAAACGUUCCCGGCGCUGGUAAAGAUCGGCUUGUCGGAAAACAACUGGAACUGCACAUAUCUGAUCCAGCUUGUGCGCUAUUGCAACGAACAUUCAAUCGAACUGUUCAAGUCCCAAGCGGUACAGAAUCAGACCAACGUCAAGGGUAUCUAUUGUUUCGACGACAAGAAUCCGCUGGCCAACUGGAACAACACACUGCACCAGGUGCAGGCGCUACAUCCUCAUUUGAACAGCACCACCGAGGAUAGUGCCCUGCAAACGUUGCUGCAAAGUGUGCUGGAUGAUGUGAAACGGUUCAGUGAGAACCAUGCGGACGUAGCGAACCAAACCAACAAGCUGGAUGGUGCUGUGUACGAUCUGACGAAGAAUCAGUUCAUCAUCCAGAAGGAUGUGAACAGCUUGAGACAGUCACUGUUCGAGAUACGGCUUGCAUUGAUGGCUAACCGUACGAACGGAAGCGUUGGGGCUGAUAACGACGAGCUACGGCGUAUGAUCGAGACGGCAAACAAUCUGACGCUGGACAAGCAGGAGCUGCGAGCCAAAACACUCGAGUUUAAGAUAUACGAGCAGACGUUUAAGGUGGAUAAGGCGUUGGAGUUGGCAAGGGAAAAUAGCGAUAAGAUUGUAGUUCUAGCGAAACGCGUCGAACAGUGGAUCAGCAACAUUGUGAGCUCGGGUGGUGCUGCUGGUAUGCUGGGUCAUGAUAGGCUGCCAAUCCAUCAGAGUGCAGCACAAGUUGAAGUUAGCGGCGGAAAUGGCAAUGGGCUGAUUAUUGCAAUGUUGGUUGUAAUGUGUCUCAUGAUGGGAAUGAUUAUGUUUAUUAUUACAAAACUCCACCGGCGAUCGUACGGCGUUGAACGAAGGCGCUAUGCCAACAGAGAUAGCAGCAUGGCAACGAUAAUCAAUAAUGAUAUUUAACUCUUAAAGACAUUGUGUAGCAUAGAGUUUGCUGUAUCAUGACCUUUAAAAGUAAAAACUUAU